AAGGUAAAGAAGGGCUCUUCGGUGAGGGAGCUCUUUUACACCCCGGUAUUCAAGUCACUUUUCCUAACUUUAGUGUUGGGUUCGGCUGUUGUGGAGGCGACCAAGAAUAGAAAAGCUAUCGAUUCGCUACGGACAGCAUACGAUGCAAGGUUCGGCGUCCUCAAAAGCGCCACCGAAAAAAUUCGUCUGAGACAGCCCGUGGACGUUGCCGCUGAGCUCAAACUCGCCAACUCCUUGACAAGAAACAUGUAUAAUUCCGUGACUGAUGUUCAACUAGACGACCAAUUUGAAUCCUUUUUGAACAUGGCCGAAGAGGAU